AUGUCUCAUCUUGAUCAUACCCCAUCAACACCAGGCAAAUUUAAGAUUGACAAAUCACCAUAUUAUUCAAGAACAAGGUGGCAUUCCUCUUUAGCCAAACUUAGUCUCUGGUCUUUUCUCUUCAUUGCAGUAAUCUUUCUCUUCUUUUAUCGCUCUCCAUCAUCUUCAUCAACCUCCGAUACAUCACGCCGUUAUCUUACUUCUAACACUUGGGGCGGAGCUGCUUGGGAAAAACGGGUCCGGACCUCUGCCCGAAUCCGGUCUCGAAAUGGGCUCUCUGUUUUAGUUACAGGAGCAGCUGGUUUUGUUGGAACCCAUGUUUCUUCUGCCCUUAAACGCCGUGGUGAUGGUGUUUUGGGGCUUGAUAAUUUCAAUGAUUACUAUGAUCCAAAUUUGAAGAGAGCAAGACAAGCACUUCUUGAAAGAAGUGGUGUUUUUAUUGUGGAAGGAGAUAUAAACGAUGUUGCUUUGCUGAAGAAAUUGUUUGAAAUGGUGCCUUUUACUCAUGUUAUGCAUUUGGCAGCCCAAGCUGGUGUUAGGUAUGCAAUGCAAAAUCCUGGCUCUUAUGUGCAUAGUAAUAUUGCUGGCUUUGUUAGCUUGUUAGAAGUUUGCAAAGAGGCAAAUCCACAACCAGCGAUUGUUUGGGCAUCAUCUAGUUCUGUUUAUGGGCUUAAUACUAAAGUGCCUUUCUCUGAGAAAGAUAGAACUGAUCAACCUGCUAGUUUAUAUGCAGCUACUAAGAAAGCUGGUGAGGAAAUUGCACAUACUUAUAAUCAUAUUUACGGGCUUUCACUUACCGGGUUGCGAUUUUUUACGGUUUAUGGACCUUGGGGGAGGCCGGAUAUGGCAUAUUUCUUUUUCACUAAGGAUAUUUUGAAUGGGAAGACUAUACCCAUUUUUGAGGCUGCGAAUCAUGUGAAUGUUGCUAGGGAUUUUACCUACAUUGAUGAUAUUGUGAAGGGUUGUUUGGGUUCGUUGGAUACGGCAGAGAAGAGUACUGGGAGUGGAGGGAAGAAGAAAGGGCCAGCACAAUUGAGGGUUUUCAAUUUGGGGAAUACAUCUCCUGUGCCGGUUACUGAUCUUGUUAGUAUUUUGGAGAGGCUUUUGAAGGUUAAGGCUAAAAGGAAUGUUAUGAAGUUGCCACACAAUGGGGAUGUUCCAUAUACUCAUGCAAAUAUUAGUUAUGCUAAUAAGGAAUUUGGAUAUAAGCCUACCACGGAUCUGCAGACAGGAUUGAAGAAAUUUGUGCGGUGGUACCUCGGUUACUAUGGAGACAAGAAGGCUGUUGCAAGAUGA